GCCAGCCCGCCCGCGGAGGAGAGCCGCGUCCGCUGCCGGCUCCGCGGGAGCCUGCUGCUCCCGGCCUCGGCGGGCGACCGGUGGCAGGCGGAGUUUUCGGCGGCCCUGCAGGACCUCAUGUCGAGGACGACAGGCCUGGGUGCCAGCUCUGUCCAGGCGGUCGUGGCGGUCCCCGGCGGGCAGAGGGCGGCGCGGGUGGACGCGGCGGGCCGCCCUUCGCUCGUGCGGCGCGACCUGAGUUGUUACUUCUCCCUCGUCGGGAGCAGCGCCACCGAGGACGCCGUGCGCAUAUCGGGCGCCCUCGCGCAGGGCGGGGAGCCGCUGCUGCGCCUCGCGGCGGCUGCCUCGCGCAGGGACGCCAGGUUCCUCCUGCAGUUCCUGAGGGGCGAGGUGCUCUUCGAGGCGUACGCCGUGGCGGCCCGCGCCGAGUGGUGCGUCCGGGGCUUCGGGGAGAUGCCGUCCUGCGUCACCUUCGAGUCCGCGCCCUUCGGCCUG